CUGUGUUGAGGUGGAUGAAGAUGACGCUCCAGAUAUUGACAUAUAUCACUGUCCAAACUGUGAGAAGAACCACGGCAAAUCCACCUUGAAAAAGAAAAAGAACUGGAGCAAACAUGACACAGGACAAAGCACAGAUAUCAAAGCUGUUCAGAACGGCAGCCAGGUUUUCAUAAAGGAGCUGCGCAGCAGGACCUUUCCAAGUGCUGAUGAUGUUGUGGUGAAGCUGAGCGGCGGUCAGCUGACCAUGGAUUACCUUGAGGACGGGGGCUUCAACGAGCCCCUCCUGGUUCUGAAGAAGGAGGGUUUGGGCCUGAGCGUGCCCCCCCCCACCUUCUACAUCAGUGAUGUGGAGAACUACGUUGGUCCAGAUGUGGGUGUGGACGUGGUUGACGUCACCAAACAGACCGACAGCAAGAUGAAGCUCAAAGAGUUUGUAGAUUUUUACUACAGCACAAACAGAAAGAAAGUGUUGAAUGUCAUCAACUUGGAGUUCUCUGACACAAGGAUGAAUACUAUGGUUGAAAGUCCACACAUUGUACGUCAGUUGUCCUGGGUAGAAAACUACUGGCCUGAUGAUGCUCUGCUUGGGAAGCCAAAAGUCACAAAAUACUGUCUGAUCUGUGUCAAAGACAGCUACACAGACUUCCACAUCGAGUGUGGUGGCGCCUCCGUCUGGUACCACGUCCUGAAGGGGGAGAAGAUCUUCUUUCUCAUCAAGCCCACCUCUGCCAACCUGUCUCUGUACGAGCGCUGGAGGUCGUCGUCCAAUCACAGCGAGAUGUUCUUUGCCGACCAGGUGGACAAGUGUUACAAAUGCACUCUGAAGCAAGGGCAGACGCUUUUCAUCCCAUCAGGUAUUUUUUGA